GCCCCCACGGGCCGCCUGCGUCUGAGGGGCCCCGCCCCGCCCCACCCGGCCCCGCCCGGCGCGGCCCGCCCCGGCCCUGCCCUGCUCGCUGCCGGAGGCAGCCUGGGCGCUUCCUAGUCGGCGCGGGCGGCCGCCCAGGCGAGGUGCGGCCUCCGCACGGACUGGGGGGCGUCGGCGCCGCGGGGCCCGCCAUGGCCGCGUCCGAGCUCUACACAAAGUUUGCCAGGGUUUGGAUACCUGAUCCUGAGGAAGUUUGGAAGUCAGCAGAGCUGCUCAAGGAUUAUAAGCCAGGAGAUAAAGUCCUCCUGCUUCACCUUGAGGAUGGAAAGGAUUUGGAAUAUCGUCUGGAUCCAAAGACCAAGGAACUGCCUCACUUAAGAAACCCUGACAUACUUGUGGGUGAAAAUGACCUCACGGCCCUCAGCUAUCUUCAUGAGCCUGCUGUGCUCCACAAUCUCAGAGUCCGCUUUAUUGAUUCCAAACUUAUUUAUACAUAUUGUGGUAUAGUCCUAGUAGCUAUAAAUCCUUAUGAACAGCUGCCUAUUUAUGGAGAAGAUAUUAUUAAUGCAUAUAGUGGUCAGAACAUGGGUGAUAUGGAUCCACAUAUCUUUGCAGUAGCUGAAGAAGCUUAUAAGCAAAUGGCCAGAGAUGAACGAAAUCAGUCCAUCAUUGUAAGUGGAGAAUCUGGGGCAGGAAAAACAGUCUCAGCUAAGUAUGCUAUGCGAUACUUUGCAACUGUAAGUGGUUCUGCCAGUGAAGCCAAUGUAGAGGAAAAGGUAUUGGCAUCCAACCCCAUCAUGGAGUCAAUUGGAAAUGCUAAAACUACCAGGAAUGAUAAUAGCAGCCGUUUUGGGAAGUACAUUGAGAUUGGUUUUGAUAAGAGAUAUCGAAUCAUUGGUGCCAAUAUGAGAACUUACCUCUUAGAGAAAUCCAGAGUGGUAUUCCAGGCAGAAGAGGAGAGAAAUUAUCACAUCUUCUAUCAGCUUUGUGCCUCUGCAAAGCUACCUGAAUUUAACAUGCUGCGAUUAGGAAAUGCAAAUAACUUUAAUUAUACGAAACAAGGUGGCAGCCCUAUGAUUGAAGGAGUUGAUGAUGCCAAGGAGAUGGCACAUACCAGGCAGGCCUGCACUUUACUAGGAAUUAGUGACUCUUAUCAGAUGGGAAUUUUCCGAAUACUUGCUGGCAUCCUUCACUUAGGCAAUGUUGGAUUUACAUCUCGAGAUUCAGACAGCUGCACAAUACCUCCCAAGCAUGAACCUCUCAGCAUCUUCUGUGACCUCAUGGGUGUGGACUAUGAUGAGAUGUGUCACUGGCUUUGCCAUCGGAAGUUGGCUACUGCCACAGAGACAUACAUCAAGCCCAUCUCCAAGCUGCAAGCCACCAAUGCCCGUGAUGCAUUGGCCAAGCACAUCUAUGCCAAGCUCUUUAACUGGAUUGUAGAUCAUGUCAAUCAGGCUCUCCAUUCUGCUGUCAAACAACACUCUUUUAUUGGCGUGCUGGACAUUUAUGGAUUUGAAACAUUUGAGAUAAAUAGUUUUGAACAGUUUUGCAUAAAUUAUGCAAAUGAAAAACUACAGCAACAAUUCAAUAUGCAUGUCUUCAAAUUAGAACAAGAGGAAUAUAUGAAAGAACAAAUUCCAUGGACACUCAUAGAUUUUUAUGAUAAUCAGCCUUGCAUUAAUCUUAUAGAAUCUAAACUAGGUAUUUUAGAUUUGUUGGAUGAGGAAUGCAAGAUGCCUAAAGGUACAGAUGAUACUUGGGCCCAAAAAUUGUACAACACACAUUUGAACAAAUGUGCACUCUUUGAGAAGCCCCGUCUAUCAAACAAAGCUUUCAUCAUCCAGCAUUUUGCUGACAAAGUGGAAUAUCAGUGUGAAGGCUUUCUGGAAAAGAAUAAAGACACCGUUUUUGAAGAACAAAUUAAAGUUCUCAAGUCAAGCAAGUUUAAGAUGUUACCAGAAUUAUUUCAAGAUGACGAAAAGGCCAUCAGUCCAACCUCAGCCACCUCUUCAGGGCGCACGCCCCUCACCCGCACUCCUUCAAAACCUACCAAAGGCAGACCAGGCCAGAUGGCUAAGGAGCACAAGAAAACGGUGGGGCACCAGUUCCGAAACUCCCUUCACCUGCUAAUGGAGACCCUGAAUGCCACUACCCCUCACUAUGUGCGCUGUAUUAAACCUAAUGAUUUUAAGUUCCCAUUCACGUUUGAUGAGAAGAGGGCAGUGCAGCAGCUGAGAGCGUGCGGUGUCUUGGAAACCAUCCGAAUCAGCGCAGCAGGUUUCCCCUCUCGGUGGACUUACCAAGAAUUUUUCAGCCGCUACCGUGUCCUAAUGAAGCAAAAAGAUGUGCUAAGUGACAGAAAACAAACAUGUAAAAAUGUUUUAGAGAAACUUAUACUGGACAAGGACAAAUACCAGUUUGGGAAGACAAAGAUCUUUUUCCGCGCGGGUCAGGUGGCCUAUCUAGAAAAAUUAAGGGCAGACAAGCUGAGGGCCGCCUGCAUCCGGAUCCAGAAGACCAUCCGAGGGUGGCUGCUGCGGAAGAAGUACCUGCGCAUGCGCAAAGCUGCCAUCACGGUGCAGAGAUACGUGCGGGGCCAUCAGGCCCGAUGCUAUGCUAAGUUCCUGCGCAGAACCAAAGCAGCAACCAUCAUUCAGAAGUACUGGCGCAUGUACACAGUCCGCAGGAGGUACAAGAUCAGGCGGACUGCCACAAUCGUUCUUCAGUCUUAUUUGCGAGGCUACUUGGCCAGAAAUAGGUAUCGCAAGAUACUCCGUGAGCACAAAGCAGUCAUCAUUCAGAAGUGGGUCCGAGGCUGGCUGGCUCGCACCUACUACAAGAGGAGCAUGCAUGCCAUCAUCUACCUUCAGUGCUGCUUCCGGCGGAUGAUGGCCAAGCGUGAGCUGAAGAAGCUCAAGAUCGAAGCCCGUUCAGUGGAGCGCUAUAAGAAGCUGCACAUUGGCAUGGAGAACAAGAUCAUGCAGCUGCAGCGCAAAGUUGAUGAGCAGAACAAAGACUACAAAUGCCUCAUGGAGAAACUGACCAAUCUGGAAGGAAUAUACAACACUGAGACUGAGAAACUACGAAGUGAUUUAGAACGUCUUCAACUAAGUGAAGAAGAAGCAAGGAUUGCCACUGGACGGGUCCUCAGUCUGCAGGAAGAAAUUGCCAAGCUCCGGAAAGACCUAGAACAAACACAGUCUGAGAAAAAGUCCAUCGAGGAACGUGCUGAUAGAUACAAACAAGAAACUGAGCAGCUGGUAUCAGAUCUGAAGGAAGAAAAUUCUUUGCUGAAGCAGGAAAAAGAGGCCCUCAAUCAUCUUAUUGUGGAGCAGGCUAAGGAGAUGACAGAGACUAUGGAGAAGAAGUUAGUAGAAGAAACAAAACAACUGGAACUAGAUCUUAAUGAUGAAAGGCUGAGAUAUCAGAACCUUCUGAAUGAGUUCAGUCGCUUAGAGGAACGAUAUGAUGACCUUAAGGAAGAGAUGACCCUGAUGGUGAAUGUGCCCAAGCCUGGACACAAGAGAACAGAUUCCACUCAUAGCAGCAAUGAGUCUGAAUACACCUUUAGCUCUGAAAUUGCAGAAACUGAAGACAUUCCAUCGAGGACAGAGGAGCCAAGUGAGAAGAAGGUGCCUCUGGAUAUGUCAUUGUUCCUGAAGCUCCAGAAGCGCGUCACAGAGCUGGAGCAGGAGAAGCAGGUGAUGCAGGAUGAGCUGGACCGAAAGGAGGAGCAGGUGCUCCGAAGUAAGGCAAAGGAAGAAGAAAGACCACAGAUUAGAGGGGCAGAACUAGAAUAUGAGUCACUCAAGCGUCAGGAACUAGAAUCAGAAAACAAAAAGCUGAAAAAUGAACUGAAUGAGUUACGCAAGGCUCUUAGUGAGAAAAGUGCCCCAGAGAUGACUGCUCCAGGUGCACCAGCCUAUCGUGUCCUCAUGGAGCAGCUAACCUCUGUGAGCGAGGAGCUUGACGUCCGCAAGGAGGAAGUCCUCAUCUUGAGGUCUCAGCUGGUGAGCCAGAAAGAGGCCAUCCAACCCAAGGAUGACAAGAAUACAAUGACAGAUUCCACAAUACUUUUAGAAGACGUACAAAAAAUGAAAGAUAAAGGCGAAAUAGCACAAGCAUAUAUAGGUUUGAAAGAAACAAACAGAUCACCUGCUAUGGAUUGCCAUGAAUUGAAUGAGGAUGGAGAGCUGUGGCUGGUUUAUGAAGGGUUAAAACAAGCCAACAGGCUCCUGGAAUCCCAGUUACAGUCGCAGAAGAGGAGCCACGAGAAUGAGGCCGAAGCCCUCCGAGGGGAGAUCCAGAGCCUGAAGGAGGAGAACAACCGGCAGCAGCAACUGCUGGCCCAGAACCUGCAGCUGCCCCCUGAGGCCCGCAUCGAGGCCAGCCUGCAGCAUGAGAUCACCCGGCUCACCAACGAGAACCUGUAUUUUGAGGAAUUAUAUGCAGAUGACCCUGAGAAGUAUCAGUCAUAUCGGAUUUCACUUUACAAACGGAUGAUUGAUUUGAUGGAACAACUUGAAAAACAAGAUAAGACUGUCCGGAAACUGAAAAAACAACUGAAAGUUUUUGCCAAAAAAAUUGGUGAACUAGAAGUGGGACAAAUGGAGAACAUAUCCCCAGGACAGAUUAUUGAUGAACCCAUCCGUCCUGUCAACAUUCCCAGGAAAGAAAAGGAUUUCCAAGGAAUGCUGGAGUACAAGAAGGAAGAUGAGCAAAAACUUGUUAAGAACCUGAUUCUGGAACUGAAGCCACGUGGUGUAGCAGUCAAUUUGAUUCCAGGGUUACCAGCAUAUAUCCUGUUUAUGUGUGUUCGACACGCUGACUACCUGAAUGAUGAUCAGAAAGUAAGGUCAUUGCUAACAUCAACAAUUAACAGCAUCAAAAAAGUAUUAAAGAAAAGAGGUGAUGAUUUUGAAACUGUCUCCUUCUGGCUCUCCAACACAUGCCGAUUUUUGCACUGUCUGAAGCAGUACAGUGGAGAAGAGGGCUUUAUGAAACACAACACGUCUCGCCAGAAUGAACACUGCCUCACCAAUUUUGACCUGGCUGAGUACCGGCAGGUGCUAAGUGACUUGGCCAUUCAGAUCUACCAGCAGCUUGUGCGGGUAUUAGAGAACAUCCUUCAGCCAAUGAUUGUCUCCGGAAUGCUGGAGCAUGAAACCAUUCAGGGUGUGUCCGGGGUGAAGCCCACAGGGCUAAGAAAGCGAACCUCCAGCAUCGCCGAUGAGGGCACCUACACACUGGACUCCAUCCUGCGGCAGCUCAACUCCUUCCACUCGGUCAUGUGUCAGCAUGGCAUGGACCCCGAACUCAUCAAGCAGGUAGUCAAGCAGAUGUUCUACAUCGUGGGGGCUGUCACACUGAACAACCUGCUCCUGCGGAAGGACAUGUGCUCCUGGAGUAAAGGCAUGCAGAUCAGGUACAAUGUCAGUCAACUAGAAGAAUGGCUGCGUGACAAGAAUCUAAUGAACAGUGGGGCAAAGGAAACUCUGGAACCUCUCAUUCAGGCUGCUCAGCUUUUGCAAGUGAAAAAGAAAACAGACGAUGAUGCAGAAGCCAUUUGUUCCAUGUGCAAUGCUUUAACUACUGCCCAGAUUGUCAAAGUGUUGAAUUUGUAUACUCCAGUUAAUGAGUUUGAAGAAAGAGUCUCUGUAUCAUUUAUUCGUACUAUACAGAUGCGUUUACGAGACAGGAAAGACUCUCCUCAACUGCUCAUGGAUGCUAAACACAUCUUUCCCGUCACUUUUCCUUUCAACCCAUCCUCCCUAGCGCUAGAAACCAUCCAGAUUCCAGCCAGCCUGGGCCUGGGAUUCAUAUCACGGGUCUGAAAAUGAUAUCAAGGCAAACACUGACAAUACAUGUCUUGCCUGAAAUAAGAACCCAUUAUUUCAAGUGAGCUACUGAAAACAUAUUUUUAAAGAGAUAGUACUGAUCAUCGCCAAACAAAGGAUUAUGGACUCGAACUCUUCCUAGAAUACUUUCCCUCACCUUGAAAAGAAAGAUAGGCUCCUUUGUGCUGUGUUACCUUUAUAACAACACUCAUCCCUGAUCAGUUAGGCAUCCACAACUGAUGUGCAGGUGAAUGACAGAAGAAAGGAAGAAAAAUGUGUCUUCGGCUACCAGCAUUUAUUUUAAAUCCUUAUCACUGCAUCUAAAUGAUAUCAAAAGCAUGAAUUCCAGAUAUGAGCUGUUGUUAGGAAGGCACCAACAAGGAACCUCCUCGGUGCUGACAAGAAGAAUUGAAAGAAAAUUCACCCUUGAGUACAUAUCAUAUUAGUUUAGGAAUCAAUUACGUUGAUACUGUCAAACUGGAACAAAAAUAAACUGGCAAUAUGUAAAGUAACUGGUCACUUAGCUCCCUUCUGUGUGUCACUAUGAUGUAGAGAUAUUAAGAGAAUGUUGGAUUGCUCUAGAGCAUGAAAGUCUGUUUGUACUGUAGUUUACUAAGCAUUUUAAAUUGCUGCUACAUACUAUGUUCUUUAAAAGGUAGGAGAUGUUCUUAUUAGGCACUACAACAAAAGCUUCUCUUUUAUCAGCUCUGUUUACAAUUCAAUCAGAUUACAGUUUUAACUGGAUUAAGUGCACAUAUCUACAGAUUAACCUGCACAAGUAGCAGACCCUGGGAAGUCAUGUAGUAAUAUGACAAAAUGUUUGACAUUUAGGGAUAAGAAUAGGCAGAGUGGCUAUUGUUGAUGUCAUUUUUUCAGGACGUGUUACAUUGAUGUGCUUAUUAAUUUUCCCUGGGUGGAUAUCACAGCAGGGUACAGUGUUCUGUGAAGUGACUUAUUUUUAGUUACCACAUCUGAUUCCCACAGUGCAUAUUUUCAACCUUGAUAGGUUUUCUUUCUUCUUAAUUUAUUAAGAAUUAAUCUCAGUCACUAGAGAGGAUUGUCAAAAUAUUCAUGAUUCUGGUCUUGAAAUCUUGAUUAUUUUAUAAAUUAUGCAAAAGAAGGUAUAUAAUAAAUAAUUAUGAUUCAGUUUUUAAGGCUUUGCAAGUGCUAUGAAUGUUCUCAGUAUCACUAGAUACUUUAAAGAGCAUCAUAUUAGAAAUACUUUGACCUAUAUAAAAAUAUGAUUGCUGAAUUUUACAGAGGAUUUAGUUUAAUAAGACCCAGAUUCUGUAAGUUUACAUUCUGAAAUUCCAAUUAAACGUAUUCUCCAUUUUUCCUACAAAUCUUAUACAGUAAAUGUUUCCAGUUGUGCAAAAGCAAAUUCUUAGCUUUCAUUAGAAACUCUGGUUCUGAAUUAUAAUCAUAGAUUUAUAUAAUUUAACUGUUAGAUCUAUAAAAAUGACAUUAAAGUAUGUGCAAUAUUACUGAUGGAAGUAAAACAUUUUCAAGUAAGUAAUAAAGAUUGUUAUUAAAAUACUGUCUGUUAACUUAUCUGGCCCUCAGAUUCCUCAUUUAUACAGUAAGAGUGUUAGGUGAUUCCUGAGGUCCGUUCCACAUCUGAAGUUCUCUGCUCUCACUACUCAGACCAUAGAGAAGUGAGUUGCAGUUACUCAGUAAGGUUACUCUCUAAUGGAAAGACUGUAUUUGAUGCCUAUUAAUUCUGAGAGAUUAAAAAAUGUAAAAUCACAGGUUUGUGUAGCUAUAUCUUUCUUAAAUGUACAUGAUUUAUGUACGUUGCUUUUAGAGAGUUAACUAGUUUAGGUAAUUUUUAUUCAAUCGCGUACUGCUGUAUUCAGUUUGGAUACUUUUAUUUUUCAUUUGCAAAACCAACCAAAAAUACUAAUCCAGAUUCUCUUAGUUUUCCCUAGCUGUCAGUGUGGUUUUCAGUGCACAAUGAACUGUUGAAACCAUUUGGCUAUUACUGAAUGUUCCAGCAUCUAAGAGCAUAGAUAGAACUUGGGUGAGGGAGAUGCUGAAAAAAAAAAAAAAAAAAAUGCCACCAUGAUUGUAGGCUCUACCCUUCAGACCUGGAAAUCUUCCCUGGCCUUUUCCCAGUCCUGGGUAGCAUGUCCCAUGCACACCCUGAGUCUUGUUGGGUCUUCAGGAUCACGCUCUAGGUUCCACUGCCACUGCAGUCCUUUGUCUUUCCCCCAAGCAGCUGCUACCCUGAAGCACGUCCAGUCUGGGCCUUUCUCUCUCUCCUGUCUCCUGUCUUUCUGCUGCGAAGUGCUACAGCCUCUCUUUCACACCUGGGCCAGUGUUACUCCUGUCCAGGGCUGGCCACACAAAGAUUAUGAUAUGUCAGGACUCCACCUUCCCCACCACCUACCCGGAACCCCAAGUGGGAAUCAGAAUUAAUUUCUCUUAGUGGCCUGAAGCACUUUAGUCAUAACAAAAAUACCCCCAACAGGAAACCCCAAGUCCUAGUAAGUCACUCUGUGGACUACCUUCUUGAGGAUACAGCAGUAUUCUGCUGACUGUGGCUGUCUUUUGGCUGCUUAGAGGACUGCUCUCUCUUUCCUCUGUCCAUCCAUACUUGCUCACCCAGCUUCAAACAUACCUCCAGCAGCCCUCCACUCUGUCCACCCACCCAUGUAUCUGUUUAUUCUUUCCCUUCCUUCAAACAAAAUCACGUAUCCCAUCACCAGCCUGUGUUGAGGGCAGUGGAUAGUCAGUUCUUGGUGCCCACUGGCCUACCUGGGCGCUUCCCUUCAGGCCAGUCUUGGCACAAGUCCCUGUUGUUCUCACUUCCCUGUGGUCCACUCUUUAGCAUUAUCACAAUUUGCUCUUUCACAAUUCCUUUCUCACACACAAAAAAAUAGGAAUUCAAAGGAAGCUCUUGAGUAAACAGCAGUUCAUUGUCUCACUAGCCCCUUUUCCUCCCCACUCACCCUACACAGGGUCUCAGCUCACACCUUAGAAAGUAAAGCUGAAAAAUUAGAAGCAGUUUCCCUUCUUGCUGCUUUUCUUAAGUUAAGGCUUUGCUCUGACUGAGAGUAACUAUAAUGAAGGGGGAAGGUGAAUAUGGGGUAAAAUUCAUGAAGUUUAGUGUUAAUUCAUCAAUUGCAAAAGUAUAAAAGUAUAUAUUCCACAGCCAACUGAUAGGAGAUUUGGGGAUUUGGGUCAGUCAGUAUCAUUUGCUUUAUUAUUUCCUUCAUUUCAAUGGAUAAUUGAGAGUUGCCUUUUUCUGGGUAAGUAAUUAUGUAUAACGUAGAUAAGAUCUUUUAAUAACACAGUGGUGGAGGCCAUAAAAGUAUUUUAUUUUAAUUUCAGUAUAGUGUUGUGAGAAAUUGCUUUCCUGGUAACCCUAGAUAAAGGGGCACCCUCCACCAUCCUGAGAUUUCCUCAUAUUCUCCCCCCCUCCCCUUCUUUCUCUCUCCCUCUCUUUCUCUUCUGCACAUGCACAAAGAGGCUUCAGUAACUUCAAAUGUUUAGAAUAAAACAUCAGAAUUUCAUGUGUGGCCCUUCGGUUCCCCGGGGAAAGGUCAUGCAGACACAGCACUUGUGUCUGGCUGUGCUUUACUUGGGUGCACUUUCUCUGUUACCUCAUUGUGUCCCCGCAGUGGCACUAGAAGGUGAAAGGGUAGCUGCUGAUCAGUUGUUGAUGAUAACUUGGAAGAGGGAUAAGGUCAGUGACUUGCCUGAGGUCACACAGCCCUCCGGUCGUGUAGUUUUCCCAUGUGCAGCAGCUGUGGCAGUGAGGGCACAUGUGGGGCAGGAGACUUUAAAUUUGUGAGCCUCCUUUCUGUUCCUCCUGGUCCCUGUAGGUGCCCCCGCCCAGCAAGAAGUGCUCUUUUUCCUCAUCAGAGUUGGCAACUGGUAUGUGGGAGCUGAGUAAAUAUUAAGUACCAAGUUCUUGGUCCUAAUCAGAUGGCAUGCCUAGUGGUUUCCUUUUUGUCAUAGUUACCUGCUAUAACUAGGUUUGACUCCUGUCAUGAAUUAGUGCCCACCUGGAGGGUGCAAUACUCUCCAGCCUGACUGGAAACAGUGACAGCCUCCCAAAAGUUAAGAGGAAGGUCACUCACAAGACAUGGCCCUCAGAGUCUCUGUUAGAGCCACCAGGCCAAGCCCUAGGUCCCUUCCGAGGGCUGUCUCUUGGGCUGGCCAUGUACAAGUCCAUGUGUGGUUUGAACACGACUAUCAGUGUUGACUUUGAAGUCAAGGGGUGUGCUGCUGGCAUGCUUGUUAGAGAGGUGCUGUGUGUGGAUAAGUGCAUUGUGGUUUCUUCUCAGGCUGUGCUGUGAGGGCCGCCUUAACCCCUGAUCCCUUCCCUCUUAGAGCUGCCUUAAGUUCUCUGGAACUUCUCUCAAAAGGGAUGUCUUGCCUGGAAAAGAUAUCUUGCCCUGUUUCUCAAGGUGUUGUGAGGGUUUGGGUGGGUGUGGCCUCCUUUUCGUCCUUUCUUCCUUCUCUGCAUGACCCUCCUCUCCAGUUCCUUCUCCUUCCUUUCUUUUCUCCUAUUUCCAAACAGGUAUUAGAACUCUGAGGCAGCAACAAUCUCAGAGCCAAUGAAAUGUGGGCUUAGAGAGUGUUUCCUGAGUUUGGGGGACUCUCUGAUAAAAGUAAGCAAAUGAACAUAUGGAAGAAAUAGAGAUAAGUUAGAGUCUUGGCAAUAUUUAAAUGGAUUGUUUUCCACUGACUUUUUCUAAGUAAAGUUUUAUUCCAAAGUAAAAUUAUAAGACCUUUCAUGGAUAUUAAUUAAAAGUUUUUUUGAGAAUAAGAAUAUAUCAAAGAUGAAGUGAAAACAGGAAAGAGUGCUAUACAUUCCAAUUCAUUGUACUAACCUAAAUUAAAUCAAUGUGGGAUUACAGUAGAUUUCUCAAUAGAUCAGGAACUAUGUAAAAUAUCUGCCAAAAUGAAUUUUGUACAUUUUUUUUAUUUUACAAUUUGGUCUAGCUAAAAUUUUAUUAGCACAAUUUAAUGGGUGUAUUUAUAUUCACAAGAUGUCUGAAAAUGACUACCAUUUUCUUAUUAUCAUAAUGUUGCUUGAAAUAUUUGAAAGAAAAAAUGUUUGGGGGGUUGCAGCUGGUAUGUAAAAUUCAUUGCUUGGUAGGUCAUUACAUUUUCAUGACAUUCAGAGUCAAUAGUUUCAAAUAUCUUAUUGCUACUAUAUGUUAUAAAAGUUUAGCCUACAUUUCAGGCUUUCUACAUCACCUGAGCCAUUUAAUUUUUUCCACCAAAUGGUGAAUUCUUCCUUUAAAUGUGGAUAUGUGUGUUAUAAUUUAUGAUUCAUAGCUAUGUAUUUUUGUGGAACCCUGGAGUAAUAUUGACUUUCUUGUGUACUUGGAAAUUUUAAAUUGCUCUCACAAUGUUGCACAGAAAUGAGCUUAUGACAUUUAAUAUAUUGCAUUUUAGUUACUAACUUUGUUAAUUUAUGGUGAAAUGGAUAUGCCUUUUAAUUAUAAUGACGUUGAACACUGCAGCUUUUCAGAUGGAUCUAGAGAAUGAAUUCCACCUUGAUCUACACAGAAAAACAUGAUAUAUAGUUAAUCUUCAAAAAAUUCUUAGGUAAAAUAACCAUCCAUUAAAAAGGAAGCCAAGGUAAUGAGAAGUGAAAGACGUUAUCAACCAAUACUAGUUUUAAACUGAACCCACCCCAGCAUAUCUCACAUGGAAUUAAAAAAAAAUAAGUUAAUAAUACACCUCAUAUCAACAAAAGCCUUUGAAACAUGGGUUUUCACUAGAUAUCACCUAGUGCUAAGAUGAAAACCAAAACAAUAUCAGAUGGACAUUUAUGCUCUAAAUCUGUAGUUGUCUAAUGUACUUAGUAAAUGUGUGUCGUUAAUGCUGUAUUCUCCUAGUUAUUAUAGAAAAUUGUUCAAAUAAAGAUGGAUAUAAAAGA